AUGGUGCCAUUCGGAGCAAGGUUCCCCUAUCCGCUGGGGCCUGAAGAAGAAACCAAGAAGUGGCCUUGGACUGGCAAAGCAGUCAUGGUAUCUGCUCGUCUUCGCACUGGCCUAUCGGCGCACAUCGAUCUUGUUAAAGCUCCGACAAGCAGGCGGGUAAUCUACCUGACCUUCCUGAAGCGUGUGGAUAAUGUGCGAUACUACGUCUGGCGGGCGCUCAAACUUCAGGCCAUCAUGGCGCAACAACCACACGGCGGAGCAUCCACGCCAUCAACGAUCUAG